AUGGAUUGUGAGCAGGCUAUCUAUGAAAAUAAUUAUUUAAAUAAAUAUUUGAUUGUCAUAGGUAAAAAAAGUAAAGCAACUUGUAAAUUAGAUAAUAAAAAUAAAUCAGAAAUAAUAGAUGAGACAAAAGGCAAUUUUGUCAAUAAAUUAAAUGAAAAUGAAAAAAAUGCUGAAGAAAAAAUUAAGGAAUUAUUUGAUGAACCAGAUAACUUUGGUGGUAAUUUUUUGUAUUCUUGGUAG